AAGUGACAAGUCUUGUUUGUUUUGUUUUUAAUUUCUGAUGCGGUUAUUAUUAAGUUUCUUAUAAAUAAAGUAGAAGAAUCAAACAUACAACAAAAAGACCCCUGUUGAAGAGGUCAAGUUACUGUAAUACUUGCUAGAGGCACAACGUCAGUGUGUUAUCAAACAUUGAAACGAAGAACAUGGCAGCAAAUGGAAAAUUAGCUCUUCUCAGCGUAUCUGAUAAGGCGGGGCUAUUGCCUUUAGCGAAAUGCUUAUCAGACAUUGGCCUGGGGUUAGUGGGCAGCGGAGGGACCGCGACCGCGCUUCGUAAUGCCGGUCUCAAAGUACUGGAUGUAUCAGACAUCACCGGGGCACCAGAAAUGCUCGGUGGUAGAGUUAAAUCAUUGCAUCCAGCUGUACAUGCUGGUAUACUAUCUAGGUUGACGGAUUCCGACCAGGCUGACAUGAAACGUCAGAAGUUCGAUAUGAUCAGUGUAGUCGUUUGCAACUUGUAUCCAUUCGUGGAAACGGUCGCUAAACCUGACGUGACAGUUGCUGAUGCUGUGGAGAACAUAGAUAUUGGUGGUGUGACUUUACUCCGUGCUGCAGCUAAGAACCAUGAUAGAGUUACUGUUAUCUGUGAUCCUAAGGACUAUGAAUCAAUCAUUAAUGAACUAAAGAACACUAAAGAUCAUCAGACAUCACUUGAAACAAGGCAAAGGUUAGCUUUGAAAGCCUUCACUCAUACAUCAGAGUAUGACUUGGCUAUCUCUGACUACUUCCGUAAGCAGUUCUCAGCGGGACAGUCCCAGCUCACAUUAAGAUAUGGUAUGAAUCCCCACCAAAAGCCGGCUCAGUUGUUUACGACAUUGGACAAACUGCCUUUAACCGUUCUGAAUGGUUCUCCGGGCUUUAUCAAUCUGUGUGAUGCUCUUAAUGCUUGGCAACUGGUGAAAGAACUGAAAGAGGCUCUAGGUCUACCAGCUGCAGCCAGCUUCAAGCAUGUCUCUCCUGCGGGAGCGGCUGUCGGUCUACCAUUGACUGAGGAAGAGGCGGCAGUAUGCAUGGUGAGCGACUUAGUGUCGCAGCUGAGUCCGCUAGCGUGCGCGUACGCACGCGCGCGCGGCGCAGACCGCAUGAGUUCGUUCGGGGACUUCGUGGCGCUGUCAGAUGUAUGCGAUGACGUCACCGCCCGCAUCAUCUCGCGCGAGGUGUCGGACGGCAUUGUCGCACCGCAAUACACGCCUGAAGCUUUGCAAAUACUUAGCAAGAAGAAAGGAGGCAAUUACUGUGUAUUACAGAUGGAUCCAUCUUACACACCAUCAUUGAUGGAGCAAAAGACAAUAUUCGGUAUGACAUUAGAACAGAGACGCAAUGAUGCAAAAAUAACUCCGGAUCUAUUCAAGAAUAUUGUCAGUAAAAAUAAAAAUCUACCAGAGAGCGCGGUGCGGGAUCUUAUCGUAGCUACUAUUGCACUGAAGUAUACUCAGAGUAACUCUGUGUGCUUUGCCAGAGAUGGACAGGUGGUAGGUAUCGGUGCGGGUCAGCAGUCGCGCAUCCACUGCACACGGCUGGCGGGCGGCAAGGCGGCGCUGUGGUGGGCGCGACAUCACCCGCGCGUGCGCAACAUGCGCUUCCGACACGGCCUCACACGCGCUGUGCAGGCGAAUGCCAUUGAUAACUAUGUUAAUGGCACUGUCGGUUCGGAUCUUCCGCUGGAACAGUGGAACUCUCUGUUCGAGGGCGAAGUACCCGCGCCGCUGACGGAGGCGGAGCGCGAGGCGUGGCUGAAGCAGCUGGACAAGGUCGCCCUCGCCUCUGAUGCCUUCUUCCCCUUCAGAGACAAUAUCGAUAGAGCUGUGCAGUGCGGCGUUGGAUAUAUCGGCAGUCCAUCCGGCUCCAACAACGAUCAAGAGGUUAUCGAAGCCUGUAAUGAACACAAUAUUGUUCUCAGCCACACUAAUCUUAGAUUAUUCCAUCACUAAACACCUCUUAUAUCAUAUAUUUGCAUUGGCACAUAGAAUACGUAACAAUAAAAACAUUUCACGAAAUAAAAUUACAUUUUGAUAUAAAUUUUAUAUAUAUAAAAUUGUCUUCCAAUCAUAAAUAAUUAUUAAGAAUCUCUAAAUGUUUACAUUUGUAAGAAACUUAUGAUUGAUACUAAAAUAUAUUUUGUAUUUCUCUUCUCUUAUAAGAAUGCUAUAAAAAUAUCUUAAAAUCACAAAAAAACAUAAUCCAACCUUUAUAUAAUGCAAAUUUACAAAAU